AUGAAUGAUAAUGAUAGCAUCUCUUUAAUUAAUAGUUCAAUAUAAACUAGUAUAGAUAUUUACUAUUUAAAGUUAAGUAGAAUAUAAUAUUGAUAGAUAAUACUGAGAUAAAGAAAUAAUAAAAUAAGGAAUAAUAUGUGAAAGCAUUAGAUAGAAUACUUUUAUUACUUUAGCAACAUAAAUUUACUAAAACUAAAUUAUCAUUGGCAAAACCUGAAGUUGAAAUAAAGGGAGCUAGAAGUAUUUGGCUAAAUUACUCAAAAAUAUGUAAUUAGAUGAAAAUGAACUCUGUGUUUGUAAAUUAAUAUUUCAAAGCAUAAUUUUAUGCUUAAUUGUAUUAAAAAAAUAAUAAUUUAGGUUAAUCAAAAAUCAAAAAAUGAUUAUAAUUGGAUAAAGAAUUAAAAGUAAAGUACUUGAAUCUUACCUUAUUGAUUUUUUAAGUAUUCAUAUAUUUCUAAAAGUAGAAUAAUACUUGAUUUGUUAAUAAUGUAAAAUGGCAGAGACAAAAUUAGUGAAAAAUCGAAAAACCAAACUAAUAAGUAAAGAAUGUAAAGUUUGUAAAGCUACUUGCACUGUGGACGAAUCAAAAUUUAAAUAUUUUAAAUUUCCUUGA